UCGCGUCUCAACCUCCCCGAUAGUGGAAUUCAUGCAUAACGUACAGUACUUUCCUCUGAAUUCAAACUUUAAAAUAGUCUAAAUUGACCCGUGACCUGACGCAAAACUGCCUACCGUGCACUGUAACCGCUACUUCAAGCUUCUUUGGCCGUAAUUGAUGAAAUUACUUAUUACUGGCUUGCGUUUGAAAUAGAUACAUUUCUACUUCGCUGAGGUCACCGUUCCAAUCUCGGGUUUAGCCCGCUGCCCGCCCUGCUUGUUCCCAUUUCCAAGCACUUUGAAGUGAAUGCAAGGUGGAGGCUACCUUGACGGUGAAGGCUGCUGUGCGGCUCGGAAAGAAGUUGUGACAGUUUGGCUUUUAACUUUCACUCCACGUCAUGGCAGGUCCGGAGCUUUACACCAAGCAUGCCCGUGUAUGGCUCCCGGAUGCCGUGGAAGUGUGGAAAUCAGCAAAGCUACUCAAAGAUUAUGCUCCUGGCAACCAGACGUUAUUUCUCCUGCUAGAUGAUGGCACUGAGGUGGAAUAUAAAAUAGACCCCCGAACAAACAACCUUCCACCACUGAGGAACCCCAACAUCCUGGUGGGGGAAAAUGACCUCACGGCUCUCAGCUACCUCAAUGAACCAGCCGUCUUACAUAAUAUCAAAGUGCGCUUCAUCGACUCCAAGUUGAUCUACACGUACUGUGGCAUUGUUCUUGUUGCCGUCAAUCCAUAUGAGAGUCUGCCCAUCUAUGAAGCUGACAUCAUCCACGCCUACCGUGGGCAAGACAUGGCCGACAUGGACCCCCACAUAUUUGCAGUGGCCGAGGAAGCGUAUAAGCAGAUGGCCAGCGAUCAACAGAACCAGUCCAUAAUAGUGAGUGGUGAGUCAGGAGCAGGCAAAACCGUCUCUGCUAAGUUUGCCAUGCGUUACUUUGCUACGGUCAGCGGCUCCUCCGGUGAGGCGGAUAUCGAGGAGAGAGUGUUGGCCUCCAAUCCCAUCAUGGAGGCUCUUGGGAACGCCAAAACGACGAGGAAUGACAACAGCAGUCGCUUUGGGAAGUACAUUGAGAUCGGGUUUGAUAAAAAGCAACGCAUCAUUGGGGCUCACAUGAGGACGUAUUUACUGGAAAAAUCAAGAGUUGUUUUUCAGGCUUAUGGAGAAAGGAACUAUCAUAUAUUUUAUCAACUUUGUGCCUCCUCACAUUUACCAGAAUUUAAAAACUUCAAAUUAGGUGAUGCCGAUGAUUUCCACUACACUAACCAGGGUCACAAUCCAGUCAUUGAUGGAGUGGAUGAUGUCAAAGAUUUGUGCAACACAAGGAGAGCUUUUUCACUAUUAGGAAUCGGUGAAAGCCAUCAGAUGGAAAUUUACCAGAUUCUGGCAGCUAUUCUUCAUCUCAGCAAUGUGGAGGUGAUCGACCAUUCAGGGGACAGAAGCAGCAUUUCGACAAACGAUUUCCACUUGCUGGUGUUCUGCGAGUUGAUGGACGUGCCCCGUGAUGAAAUGGCCCGCUGGCUCUGCCACAGAAAACUCCAAACGACCACGGAAACGUACGUCAAGGGCCUCUCCAAGAGCAAUGCGGUCAACGGCCGAGACGCCCUCGCCAAGCACAUUUAUGCUCGACUCUUCAGCUGGGUUGUUGGCUGUAUAAAUAAUGUGCUCAAAUCGGCAAUUAAGCAACACUCGUUCAUUGGCGUUCUGGACAUUUAUGGGUUUGAAACAUUUGACACCAAUAGCUUUGAACAAUUUUGUAUCAACUAUGCCAAUGAGAAGCUCCAGCAGCAAUUCAACCUGCAUGUCUUCAAACUGGAGCAAGAAGAGUACAUGAAAGAAGAGAUUCCAUGGACACUGAUUGAUUUCUAUGACAACCAGCCAUGCAUCAAUCUCAUCGAGGCAAAAUUGGGUAUCCUGGACCUUCUGGAUGAGGAGUGCAAAAUGCCGAAAGGUUCUGACGGUACCUGGUGUCAGAAAAUGUACAACAACCUGUUGAAGCAGAACGCUCACUUUGAAAAACCGAGGCUGUCAAACAGUGCCUUUAUUGUCCACCACUUUGCAGAUCAGGUGGAAUACCAGUGUGAUGGUUUCUUGGAGAAAAACAAGGACACAGUCAAUGAGGAGCAAAUAUGCGUGUUGCAAAAGAGUAAGUUUGAAUUUUUGCUGAAGCUGUUUGUGGGAAAUGACAAGGCAACGAGUUACACCAACAGACCCGCUAGCAGCACAAAGAGAUCGGGUCAGUCGCAGAGAGGUAACAAGAAGACUGUUGGACUGCAGUUUCGACAGUCUCUACAUUUGCUGAUGGAUACUCUUAAUGCAACGACUCCUCACUACGUACGCUGCAUUAAACCAAACGACCAAAAAGUGCCGUUCAGCUUGGACCCGUUGAGGGCAGUGCAGCAACUGCGAGCAUGCGGCAUCCUGGAAACGAUCCGAAUCUCGGCAGCUGGAUUCCCAUCCAAAUGGACCUAUCAGGAAUUCUUCUGUCGUUACCGGGUCCUUAUGAAGCAGAAGGAUGUGCUUCCUGAUGUAAAACAGACGUGCCAAAAUCUGCUCAAAAAGCUUAUCCAGGACGAGAACCUGUAUCAGUUUGGUAAAAACAAGAUCUUCUUCAGAGCCGGCCAGGUGGCCUACUUUGAAAAAUUACGUUCCGAGCGGCUCCGAAGGGCUUGCGUCAGCAUCCAGAAGACCAUCCGCUGUUGGCUGGCCCGUAAGAAAUACCUGAGGAUGAAGCAGUCUGCCGUCACCGUUCAAAGAUACGUGCGGGGUCACCAGGCACGCCGUUAUGUACGUUUUCUGCGGAGAACAAAAGCAGCCGUCGCCAUUCAACGUAAUGUUCGAAUGUGGGCGGCCAGAAGACGCUACCAAAAGCUACGAUCUGCAUCUAUUGCCAUUCAAUGUUUCUUCAGGGCGUAUGCAGCCAGAAAGAUGUACUAUAAGAUUUUGUAUGAGGAAAAAGCUUUGGUCAUCCAAAAGUGGGUAAAAGGUUGGUUGGCCAGGCAACGUUAUCGACGUGCCCGGGCACACAUCAUCCUACUGCAGUGCUGCGUACGUCGUAUACUGGCCAAACGGGAAUUAAAGAAGCUGAAAGUUGAGGCGCGCUCUAUGGAGCAUCUCAAGAAUCUCAAUGUUGGCAUGGAGAACAAAAUUAUGCAGUUGCAACACAAGCUAGACGAGCAGCACAAAGACGUCAGGGAGCUCAGCGAGAGGCUGAAUGCCGCGGCCAAGAUCCAUGAUAUGGAGAGAGAGCGACACUGCAAAGAGAUAGAAAGUCUUCAGAGGUCCGAGCAGAAGGCCAAAGCCAAGACAGAAAGGCUCCCUUCACUUAUGGAGCAGCUCUCCUUUCUUCAGCGGGAGCUGGAGAACACCCGUGGUGAGAAAGAAGUCUUGGAAGAGCAGAACGACGUCUACAAGGAGCAGACACAACAGGUGGUAGAGGAGCUAAACAUGAAGAAUGGCUUGCUGAAUGAUGAAAAGGAAAAUCUUAACCAGGUCAUCCUGGAACAAAAACAACAGUUAACAGAGGUUAAAAGCCAAGUGGAAAACACUGAAAAACUACAGGAAGAGUUAGCGGAAGAGCGCGCCCGGUACCAAAGCCUACUGAGUGAACACCUGCACCUACGUGAGCUGCAUAAAGACCUGAAGGAGGAACUGCAACGUAGGCUGAGUCCAUGCAAGAGGACAGAAUACACAAGCAACUUGCCUAAAUGUAAUCCAAUGAUUGGCUCUACUGCUGGACAGGACAGCUCAAUGGACAAAGAGGAUGAGACCCCCUCCAAUGUCGACCUGCCGCUCAUUCUCAAGCUCCAGAGAAGAGUGAGAGAACUUGAGCGGGACAAACAAUCGCUACAGCGGCACCUAGAUGAGAAGGAAGCCCAAGAGGAAGAAGCCAAGGAUGUGGAGGAGGAGCUCACUGUUGGUAGAGCAGAAUUGGAUUUGGAAUCGCUUAAGCGCCAAGAGCUAGAGUCUGAGAAUAAGAAGUUGAAGCAGGACUUGAGUGAACUGCGCAAGUCUUUAACCAGUGAGAACAGCGAAAUGCUACCCCCUGCUGUCGGCUCCACGACAUACAACGUGCUGCUGGAGCAACUCGACUCUUCCAACGAGGAGUUGAAAUUGCGAAAAGAGGAAGUGCUUCUUCUCCAGUCACACAUAGUCCGCCAAGAGGCUAUGAAAUACAAGGACUCUGCACUCGGAGAGGGUGUGAAUUUAAACCUUAGUGAGGUUCCUUUAUUCCAAGAUACUGACAGGCCCACUGACAUCCAUACGUUGAAUGAGGACGGAGAGCUGUGGCUGGCUUACGAGGGCUUAAAGGAGACCAACAGGGUUCUGGAGUGCCAAAUGCAGAAGCUGGAAAGGCAGCACGGUGAGAGGUAUGAGAAACUGUUGGAGGAGGUGAACACGCUCAAGCAAGAAAAAGAGCAGCAGCAGAAGCUGUUGGCUCAAACUUUGCUGCUCCCUGAAGAUGCUCGUAUUGAAGCGGGCCUGGAGCUUGAAAUUACUCGGCUCACGCUGGAAAAUCUGGAGCUCAUGGAGCAACAGGACAAACAAGACAAAACUAUUGUCAAUCUGAAAAAAGACCUUCAGCUGUACAAGAGCAGAGUAGAAGAGUUUCAAGCUCAACAAAGAAAAGCAUCCAUUUCGACGAAUUCUCCUGCCGAAGCAGUGAGCAUACCUCGCAAGGAGAGAGAGUACCAGGGAAUGUUGGAGUACAAAGAGGGUGAAGAGGGCCGCCUCGUUAAAAGUCUGGUUUUAGACCUGAAGGCCCGUGGCGUCGCUGUCAACUUCCUUCCUGGCCUUCCUGCUUAUAUCAUCUUCAUGUGUCUGCGAUACGCUGACAGAGUUAACGAUGAUCAGCGAGUCAGCACGUUGCUCAAUUCUGUGCUCUGCAGCGUCAAAGGAGUCAUUAAGCGAAGAGGAAAAGAUUUUGACGUCUCGUCUUUCUGGUUAUCCAACAUGAGUCGACUACUUAACUGUCUGAAGCAAUAUAGUGGAGAUGAUACGUUUAAGAAGCACAACACAGCGAAACAGAACGAGCAUUGCCUGACCAACUUUGAGCUGACAGAGUAUCAGAAUGUUUUUGCCGACCUCGCCGUUCAAAUUUACCGUCGGCUUAUUGAAAGCAUGGAAGACACCCUACAGCCCCUCAUAGUUUCUAGCAUGUUGGAGCACGAGACAAUCCAGGGGGUUCUGGGCUCCAAACCGACAGGUCUGAGGAAAAAGAGCUCGGGUUCCCCAGAGGAUGACUCGGUGACGGUGGAAGUCCUCCUGCAGCAACUUGGGCUCUGGCACGCCACCAUGAUCAAGCAUGGGAUGGACUCUGGCCUCAUUAAACAAGUAGUCCGGCAGCAGUUCCACUUGAUAUGUGCUGUCACUCUGAACCACCUGCUGCUCAGGAAGGACAUGUGCUCAUGGAGUAAAGGGCUUCAGAUCAGGUACAAUGUGUGGCAGUUGGAGGAGUGGCUGGCGGAGAGGGAGCCGGCCGACUGCGGUGCCAAAGAAAUGUUGGAGCCUCUCGUACAGGCCGCGCAGCUGCUGCAGGUCAACAAGAAGACUGAGGCAGACGCUCAGGCAAUCUGCAACAUGUGCACGGGCCUCACCACCGCACAGAUUGUUAAAGUGUUGACGCUCUACACGCCAGUGAUUGAGUUUGAAGAGCGCGUGACAACCACAUUCAUCGCAACCAUUAGAGACAUCUUGAAAGACAGAGAGGAAUCGUCCACACUGAUGAUGGAUGCCAAGAAAGUCUUUUCUGUAACACUUUCCUUCUCGCCCUCCACUGUGGCGCUGGAGACCAUUCAGAUCCCUAUUAGCUUAAAACUGGACUUCCUCAACCGCAUCUAAAAACAGCUUUUGACAGACACAGUAUUUGCUGUGGUUUUCAUCAUAGUUUGUAUCUAACUUUUGUAUUCACGUGACAAUAAAAUAAAUAAUAUAAACAUAUAGAAAGGCUAUAGAGUUUAAUAUAAAAACACUAUUUUUGGAAAUGCAGGGGACUUAAAAGUAUGUUUAGUGGCGCAAGAGGAAUAAUAUAAUAAACUAUGGAUGUAUGAUUUUGUAAAGGAAGGAAAGUGAAAUAUAAUUGAAAUGUUGAAUAUGACAGAAUUGUUCAAUACAUUAAAAAAAAGAUAUAUUUUUAAGAGAGUCUUGACAUUCUGAUUUGUUCUCAUGCGGUGUUAUUUUUGUUUGUCAUUACAAACAUAACUUUAAAAGUCAUAAAAUCAACUCGCUUUCAUCCAGGAAAUGAACACGAUGAAUGUAAUCAGACAGGUCUGUGCACUCCAAAACUCAUCUGCUUGUCUGCUGCCAGACAUGAAAAAGAUUGAAAAACUUA